AUGACUGGAACCCUACCUCCCUUGUUUUUGGAGUACUUCAUUAGCCGUACGGACAUUGUGGUUAUUGACAGUUAUAAGUUGGAGAUACAUAAAGUCCACGAACAUGGGAUGUGGGAUUUCAUCUAUGUGGUGAGGUUGGCACUGCCAAGUGAGCAGCCAAAUGGAUAUUGCACAUGUGGGAUAAUUGGAGUUUCACACUUCCCUGGGGAAGAAAUCACAUCCACCACUAAAACAAAAUGUGAAACUGCUAUGGAAAAGCUUUCAUCUCUUAUUACUUGCCAAAGUCAUUUAGAGAAGCCAUCUAUAGCUGAUAAAUUGAAGAGAGUUACAAUUUAUCUUAAGUUAUUAGAUCUGAAAGAAGAUAUAGACGUGAUCAAAAUCAUUCAUGUAACAGGAAUCAAGGGAGAAGGUUCAACAUGCAUAUUUUGCGCAAUCUUACGGGAAUGUGGUUUCUGCACUGGAUUUUUUCACUUCCCCUUACUUGAUUCUUGAUGGUCAUGUGGUUUUUGCAAGCAACUCAUUAAUGCUGGUCUUGUAAUUUCCAGAUCUCUGAAACUGGGAAGGUAUUCAUUUCCCAAGCAUGCCAAAAUAUAACAAGGGAGUCCGGUGGUUCCAAUCUCUCAGGCAUAUACCUGUCAUGGCAAUUUACACUCCAAAAAAUCUGGGAAAAGAUUUUAUACAUAAAAGGUUCGAUGCUUUCAACUUGCAUUCUUCAUUAUUUAAGAAUUCUUUCUUGUUUUUUUCCCCAAGUCACUCUAUAUGUGGUUGCUUUGGCAGCAUAAUUUUUGUUCUCCUUGAAAGCUGUUCGUUGUCAUGAGCGAAUUUUAUGUAAGAUGAAACAUAUAAUAAUUUUUCUUUGAACAAAAAA